CGAGCGCCCGAGCCGCCGCGAGCGCCACAGUUGACCGCGCUGGCUGACGCGGUGUACGCCUUUGCUUCGUCUUUUUUUCUACCGUUCUAUAUUUGAAAUUGAAUUUGGAAUGUGAUUGCUUUUUAAAUAAAAAAAAACAUUCGUGCCAUAAUAGUGAUGUCCAGUGUGUAAUCGAUAAAAUGAGUGUCAUUUUAAAGUUGUUCCUUGUGACGAUCAUCUCGCCGAGUGUUUUCGGCCAAGCACAGGAGGAUUGUUAUGGUGCUGGUAGCGUAGCUGGAGCUGCUAUAGGCGCUUUUAUAGCGGCACUACUUUUGGUCGCUGCUGCAUACUACUUCAGGAAGCUAUACUGGAAAUCGCGGAAAGGAAAGCAUCUAGUAUUUGCCACGGAUCCAGAGUCCGUCAAAGAUGAGUUCGCUUUCGACAACCCCGGGUUCAGACAAGAAGAGAAGUGGCAGAACGAAGCACCGACAUUGCCACUCAGCGGCAAAACGCAUGCGCUAGCGGCAGAAUUCACGAAACCCGAGAAAAGCAGGGAUGACUCGUAUUUACAGCGAGCCCAAGUCCGCCGCGUGAAGCUAUGGGCGCGGGACUUCACAGGCCUCGGGCUGACGUGCGGGGGCGGAGCCCGGGACGGCGUGCGCGUGCAGAGCGUGCUCAGAAACGGUCCAGCCGCCGCCGCUGAUGUACAGCCUGGCGACAAGAUCAAGUCCAUCAAGAUAGAGUUCUCCGGCACGCCGCUAGAGGACGCCGUCUCCAUUCUCUCUCUCGCCUCCCCCUACCCGGUGGAGUUGGAGGUGGUGGGGGGCGGGAGGGUCAGCGGCGAGGGCUGGGGGGUGAAACACCCUUUGAUGAAGGCGGGCAGCACCGGCGAUGUUAGCACGCUGGAAAAGGAAGGGAAGUUACUGCACCCACCAAAAUCUCCCAACACCUCACACUCAAACAACUCAACAUUAGAAACGAAGCACGGCAAGACAGGAAUCAAGAAAAUCAUCAGCGAAAAGAUCAUAACCACCACAACGUUGGAAAGAAACAAGAAAGAGAGAAAAGAUCCACCGUCGACAUUAGAGAGAGAGAACGAAAAGAAUUUGAAAAUGAUGAAGAACAGACAUUCUGAUGUAACGGGUAUCACACAAAAGCCAGACAAAAAGGAAAGACAUUCCAUGGGCAGCGAAAUCCAAAUCAUACAACCAGAGAAUGGCAUAACACAUAUAGAGCAUACGGAAGUGCAAAAGAGAGAGUAUGAUCCAAAACGAGGAAUGAAAUUCGGAAUAAGAGUUUUGCCACCCAACGUUCCUGAUGACGGCGUUCUAAAACAGAAGGUAGAGAAUGGUAACAUCACACCAGAAAAAGUAAGCACAGAUGAGAUCGAUAAGAUAGAUAAGCCAGAACCGAAGAAAGCCCCGUUGCCUCCAGUAGCACAAAUACAACAUGAAAACGAAAUUGAACAGAAGAAACCAGUAGUGGCUAAAAGAAGAGAAAAACUAGCACCACCCAUACCAAACGCUAGAACGAAGACGAACGAAGCAGAAGCGAAUAUCAGCCAUGAGUCAUCCAAAAUCUCCGAAUCGUCUACAAUGUCAUCGUUCGCCCGCACCGAUUUAAAUUCUAGUGGCAUCAAAAGGGAUGAGAACGGAAUACCGCAGGAGCUACCUCAACACAUGUUUGACGCGGCUAAAGCGGCUAGGAGCAACAGAAAGAGUUCAACGGAAUUAGUACAAGAGAAAAUUGAGAUUAAAAAAGAGGAACCGCCUAAACCCUCCAAAAAGUCUAAAGGAAAAGCUCCUUCUCCACCCGGAGAACUCGAGAAGAAUAAGAGUGAUGAUAGCAUCAUUGAACAAUUGAAAAAUACUUCAGACUUUUUGAGUAACGAGAAAGAACAUUCGAGUAUUUUACAUAAUACAUCGGUUACUACUAAGUCUGCAGUUACCUCAUACACAUCCACUCCUAAAGUUAAUAAAAUAAAGCCUCGUGUUGAAGAAACAAUGAAUUUCACUCAGGACGACAUCGAUGAUAUUGUGUCCAAACCAUUUAAGAGAGAAAGCGAUUCCCUUAAUAACUUCUUUGCGGAUUCCAAAUCGAAUUUAUCGUCAAAUCAAGAUGUGCAUUCCGUUGUCUCCCUGAAUAACAGCGAAAAAAGUGAUAAAGGGUCCACUGCGAUUGAACUGAAUAAUAGUGAUAUAACCAUCCACAGUUCACCAUUAAAUGACACUACAAAUUCAGAAUCAGAAAACACUUCAAUUGUCGAUGAACAUGAGCGUAAAGCUACCUCCUUAGGUGAUCUUUCUAAGUUUGAAAUUAGAAAGAAAUCAAGCAAGCCCUCAACAGGCACCUUAGAAAGGGCACAAAGUCUAGAUAUAUCUGCCGAUGAUGAAAUUCAAGAAAGCACAUUGUCACCUAAGAAAAGAAAAGCUAUGUCAGUUGUCGAGUCAACCUUCUUCGAUUCCGGCACAGAAGAUGUACUACCAGAAUCCAUCGAUUCGGAAAAGGGAGUAGUUAUCAAACAAAAAGAACCUAGAUUAAGUUUGAACAUUGCUAAAGCUUCUGCUAUGGAAGGACUCAGUACAUUCCAGAGAAACCGUCUAAAGAAGGGAUCAGAAUUCGGUACUUUGGAAGAUGCUAUUGUAAAGGGUUCAAGCAGCUCAAUAGAAUCGGAAAGACAUGGAUCGCAAGAAAUCUAUAAACCACAAACAAUCGCAGAUUUAUCGGAGAACAAAGAAUCUCAGGAAUCUUCUGAUCAUUUAGCACGUCGAAUAAUGGAUGAGAAUUUGAAAGUUCACUUGAAAUUAGUCACUGAAUUUGCUAAAUCUACCUCUGACGGUAGCAACAUGAGUUCACUUGAAACUUCUCAAGACAGUCAAUCCACUGAAAUUAAAACAUCGCCCGUUAAACAUGAAGAAAAAGUGUCUAUGUCUUAUGAUACUAACAUACCGGAUGAUAUGAAAGUUUCCAGAAGUUCGUAUGUUAAUAGUUUAGAAAGGCCAAAAUCUGAAAUGAUGAAGAAAUUGCUAGCUAAAAAUCCCAUUUUUAAUGUGCAUCUAGAUCAAAAUAAUCAGAAACCUGAAGAAGCAAGUAAAGAAUCAACAUCUGGGAUGACUGAUUCCUUCAAGUCAAAUAGACAUCAACCGGAUGUUGUAAAUGUUGAUGAGAAAUCACCAGACACAAGUAAAAUCAUAAAAUACAAACAAGAGAACAUUACACGGGAUUACGAUGACUUCGUUAGCAAUAUAAGAGUCGGGUCUGCCAAUAAUAGCAUGCGUGUAGAGAAGAAAACACAAGAAGAAGCACAAUCAAGUUGGCCAGAAACAAAAGAGGAUGAAGAAGUACAAAGUAGAAACAUAGUCACCAUAUCAACAAACGAAAAAGUUUCAAUGCCCGAAGUCCGACAGAAAUAUACUAAAUCCAUAGAAAUCGGUGAAACAAAUCUUCGGCGUAUCCCAGAUUUAGUAGAAGGUACAAAAAUCCGUGAAGAUAAAGAAACGAGAACGCUGUACAUGGAGCCGGCAAACGUUUCGCUUACGAUGAAACAAGAACCUGCACAAAAAACCGUUACAGUUAAUGUCACUGAAGAUGAAUUUGGUAACAAAGUUAUUACACAGAACGUAGAAAAGGUUUCUACACGAUACAUCACGACUAAAACAGAAGUGCCUUUGCAAAUUGAACAAAUGACUUUUGGUAUAAUGAGAGGAGGGGAAGUGAAUGAAAUGGAGCUUGAGGAAGGCAACGUGAAAGAUAUAGACUCGAAAAUAUUUGAGGAGAUAAAAAGACAAAACCCAAACAUGCAUUUUACUUCCACGGAACCAGCUUUCACGAGAACAGAAACGAUCAUACUUAACACGUCAGAAAUGAAUGAGGAACAGGCUAAAGCUUUGAUGAUGAAGUUACAGAACGAUCCCAGUUUUAUGGCACAGAAAUCGCAGGAAGAACUAUCCAGAAUGGGCAUCAGAAUAUUACAGGAUUUGGAAGACAAGAAAACUGUUACAGAUGACACCGUAGAAGUUACAAAAACUAAAUAUUCCAUCAACCCCUCUUUAGUUUCUGAGUCCCAAAAGUAUUGUACAGUGGAAUCGAAAGAGGUAGAAAAUGAGAAUGAUCACAUAACAGAAAUACAAGUGACUACUCCACGAUCUGAAUUAAAAAGUACUGAAGUCAGCAAAGAUAAAAUAUCAAGUCGACAGAGACAGCCACCGGCAGUAAAGACAAUCGAAGAACCUCUCCUAACAUACGAACUAGACAUAGAAAUGCUAAACGAUUUUAUAACAAACGAAAAAUACCAUUCGGGGAGACAACUAGCAGAGAUGAAGAAACGAACGAAAAACGAACCAAAGAAACGACACUCAGACUUCGACCUACCGAGAAACAGCCAUAUAAAAUUCCGGACCGCCACCUACGAAUCACCCAAAGAGCCAAUCGUCACAAGCACGGAUUUGGAAAACAGACGCCUCUCCCAACUCGACCAAAUGCAACUCAGAUCAGCUGAAAACACGCCACACGCAAAACCGGUAAUUUUAGCGAAACCGAGCAACAUUCCCGUUAAAAUGUCAGAAAAAAAGCAACAAUUCAAUUUCGUUUCGUCUAAAAUACCCGUUUUUGGUAGCCAAAAGUCAUAUAGUCAGGAGAAUUUGACGGAGAAAAACUUUUCUCUGCCCCGCUCACCACCACCGAACUUGAGCAGCAGCUCUGGAAAUAUUUCAGUCACCUCCAUAAAAUCUAGUUCAAGAAGCCCAAGCGGUGGCAGAUUGUCAUAAAAUCCGUUCCAAAUUUAAAAUGUAUGUCAAAAAACAAUAAUAAUAUGCUUUUGUAUAAAAAUAUUAUGUUCUUCUUUUUUUUUUGGUUGAAAAUUUUACAUUCUGUAAACUUUUUAAAGAAGUCUUGUUGGACGUAAGUAAAUAAGUACUAUAAAAUAUUUGUACCGUACUUUAAUAAAGUCCUUUUUCGUUUAUUUUAAUCGAUAGUUUUGUAAUUAUACAAAUUUUAUUAGUACGUAAGCAAACCUUCUACAAAUAUGAGAUUUUUUGUGCCAGUUCACAUUGGUGUUAUUUAUAUAUCUGAAAUAAAAUUAUGUGCCUUAUAAAUUAAUAUUUAAAAUCGUAUAUACGGUUGUGAGAAAUUAUUUAAGAUUUUGUCACAAAAGUAGGUGUAAAGAUUAAUUAUUUUACAAAGCAAUGCGCAGAAGGCGACAGAAGUUAAAAUCUUCAAAAUAUGUUACAAAGUCGUCUAAAUAGUUCAUCAAUCGUUAAUUCAAUGUUGAGGAAAGAUGGCGUUAUUGUUUUUUUCUUUUUAUUUAAACAUUGGUGAAGCAGUUUGUACUUCAAAUGUCAAAACCUGUAGUCCGUCCUUUAAGUAUUUAACGUUUGAUAAACGAAAUUGUAAUGAAUUGAAAAUUGACGAUACAUUUUUGCAGUGUCUUCCAAUAGUGUUACUUAGAUAAGCAUAAAAUAUUUUAUUGUUAUAAAUAUAAACCCACAUAUUAUUUGAUUUGAGUAGAUUGAAAUUUAGGAAUCAUAAUUAUAAUUUUUCUGUUAUAGCAGAAUUUUUUAUUGAUAAUUUGGACAUUUAAUAUACUAAAGUCUGAGUCAUGAGACGAGACAUAAAACGAAAAAAUUCUGCAUUGACUCACAAAAAUUUCUAUGAAGUUCCGUGCCUCAUCUCAUGGAUUUGGCUAUAGUAGCAUUACCCUUGUUAUGGUAAAGGAGGUGAAUUUUCUGUAAAAAAUGUCGGUCCGUUAUAUUAUUAUAUGACUGUUUUCAUUCCAUGUACUUAAAUAUAGUUUUAUGUGAUUUAUAUCUUACAAUUUGUAUUAUAUUUUCUUUAAUUGUAAUUAAUAACAUGUUAAUAAUAUCAACA